UUUCCAUCUCUUUCCCAGCUUGGCAGAAGAGGUGAGACUCAGCUGUCAAGAAUACUGUCAGCUGCUUUGCUUUGAAGGGGAGGAAUUAUACCCAAAAGGUGAAAAUGGAAAAUGAUAGCUGACUCAGUGGAUUUCUGUCGCACAUGGGAGGCCCUGGAGAAGUGUAAGGACACAGGGCUGGCCAAAUCCAUCGGGGUGUCCAGCUUCAACCACAAGCAGCUGGAGAAGAUCCUGAACAAGCCAGGGCUCAAGUACAAGCCUGUCUGCAACCAGGUGGAAUGUCACCCUUAUCUCAGUCAGAGGAAACUGUUGGAUUUCUGCAAGUCACAUGAUAUUGUUCUUGUUGCCUAUAGUGCUCUGGGAUCCCAAGGAGUAAAAGGAUGGUAUUGAACUCUAAUGAAAGCAACAGGGAGUUUAUGUAAAAUUCAAUUUUUGAUGAGAUAGUUUAAAUCAUACAAUACUCAGAUAACUCUCAUAGGCAGAGGGGAGAGAGAGGAGUAAUGGAACGAAUUCUUCUCUUUUAUCUUCCCAUCACCCAGCCAAUUUUUCUAGAUUGUAUUAGCUUGUCUACUCAUGAAUAACAAAUAUCUGCAUUAUAAUCUAUAUAUAAUCCCCCAGUUAAGACCAGCAACACAAGCUUAUGUCAUGAUUUACUUACUAACUAAUGAACACAUUUUUCAAAAUAGGUGUUCCAAGGUUCACUUACCUUAUGUCUAAAGUUGAGAUAAUAGUAUUUAACUCCUAGGUUUCUAUCACGAUUGAAAAAAAGUUCAAUUUGAACCAUUUUUGUAAGCAUGUAUAGUAUAAUAAUGAUGAAAUAAAUGUCUCUUAUUUUGAUACCUCUCAAUUUUUACAAUACCUUAGAAAAAUUUGAAAUUUACAAACAAUUCUGUGUCUUUCCUUCUACUUCUCUAUUCAUGCCCUUGAUUAUUUAAGAAAAAACACCCCUGAAAAUUAAAGGAAAAAAAUCCAUGAGUUUGGCAGUCCUGGUCUCAACUCAAUAUUGCCUCUGAAUCACCUGCAGAUCUUUGUA